GGAGGAUAUCGUCGCUGUUGAAAAGAUCCCGGUAUGAAUCAGUGACAUUGUUUCCUGUUUUGCUCUUAAAAUUUUGCAGUUUUCUGUGGAAGACAUGCCGGCAGUACUGACAUCCAGACCCCAGACAGGCCUGUCCUUCCUGGCCCCAGAACCAGAAGAUCUUGAGGACCUCUACAGCAGAUACAAGAAGCUGCAGCAGGAGCUGGAGUUCCUGGAGGUGCAGGAGGAGUACAUCAAAGAUGAACAGAAAAAUCUAAAGAAGGAGUUCCUCCAUGCCCAGGAGGAGGUGAAGAGGAUACAGAGCAUACCUCUGGUCAUUGGCCAGUUCUUGGAAGCUGUUGAUCAGAACACAGCCAUUGUUGGCUCUACUACAGGAUCCAACUACUAUGUGCGCAUCUUAAGCACCAUCGACAGAGAGCUGCUGAAGCCCAAUGCCUCAGUGGCUUUGCACAAGCACAGCAACGCCCUGGUGGAUGUUCUCCCUCCUGAAGCUGACAGCAGCAUCAUGAUGCUGACUUCUGACCAAAAGCCUGAUGUGAUGUACGCAGACAUCGGUGGUAUGGACAUUCAGAAGCAGGAGGUCCGAGAAGCUGUCGAGCUGCCACUCACCCACUUUGAACUCUACAAACAGAUUGGCAUUGACCCACCCAGGGGUGUCCUUAUGUAUGGACCUCCAGGUUGUGGUAAGACCAUGUUGGCCAAGGCAGUGGCACACCACACUACAGCGGCGUUCAUCCGUGUGGUGGGCUCUGAGUUUGUCCAGAAGUAUUUGGGUGAGGGUCCUCGUAUGGUGCGCGACGUCUUCAGGCUGGCAAAGGAAAAUGCCCCGGCCAUCAUCUUCAUCGAUGAGAUUGACGCCAUUGCCACGAAGCGUUUUGAUGCUCAGACCGGAGCUGAUAGAGAGGUGCAGAGAAUUUUACUUGAGCUGCUCAAUCAAAUGGACGGCUUUGACCAGAACGUAAAUGUCAAGGUGAGUCAAGUCUACCUAUCUAAGAAAGCUCUCAACUUUCCCCCAGUGACUACGCUUUCAGUGCAUUUGCUGACUCGUGGUGCCGCUGAUGGAGCCUGAGCCACGUCAGCGGGA